AUUCCCUUCUCGCAAGACAUGAGAAUAGUAACCCCCCGUUCAUGUUCGAGUGCAGCACCAUUUCCUGAAUCACACUUCUCCAUUUUCCAACUCCUCCAUCUUCAAUGUAACUCUAAGCUACCUUAGAAUCCAUCUCCACCUGAAAUCCCUUAUAUCCUUCUCGAAUCGCCCAAAGAGUAGCGAUACUCACAGUAAAUAACUCUGCAUCCCGACUCGAAAUCACUGACAAGGGAAAUGAGAUAGCAGCGAGCAUCUCUCCGUCGUUGUUGCGCAUAAUCGCACCUCCACGGCUCCACUCGCAGCUCAUUCGUUAUGCAAAGUGGGAGCAGAAGAAUUUAUCGUUCUCAUAGCACGUGGAAUCGGAGGUUCAGAUUAUUGAUUGACCCGAAGCUUAGGGUUUCAUGUACAGUCCAGGAUAACGAAAAUCCAAGCGAAGGAGAAGAACCUCCCGAGUCAUUGUUUGUUAAAGAGUUGAAAAGACGAGGCAUGACUCCUACAUCAUUACUUGAAGAAAGCAACAAAAAGAUACAUGAGAGUGGAACAAAAAUCAAGGAGGAAGAUGGAAGCUUAUUUCGUAAAAGUGAUGUCUCAACAGAAUCAGGAAGAAACUUAUAUAAUCAGAGAGAGCAGUCUAUGGCUUUAAAUAGUGAAGGCAUUGAGGGCUUAAUUCCGCGAGCUAAGCUUUUACUUACCCUUGGAGGGUCAUUCAUUUUGGGAUUUGGCCCAUUGAUCCUAGUAAUCAUUGCAUUUUUCUCUGCUUUGUACGUGUAUUCUGGACCCAAAUUUAUCCACGACGCAAGCAACACGCACAUCACUCCUCCGAAAUACGUUGAUCCUUAUGCACUCCUUGAAGAAGAAAGGAUAUCACAGAAGGUCAAUGAUCUAAAAUUCUAAAUUGAAGAAGUAAACCUCACUUUACACAUGAGAAGUACAUGUUUAUGCCUAUUUUACCCUUUUGCUUAAUUUUCUUUUUGUUAGAAUCUAGGAUUUUACAAGUAGGUUUAUCUUUUCUCUGACGUGUAAAGUAUGUAUCUUAUCGCCGUGAUUCCGUGAAGGUGUCUUCAAAUGAAUUGGCUCUUUGUAUCGGCAGAAAUGCAUGUUUUAUAUAAUUACUAUAUGAGCAGGAAUAGGCAGUUUGCAUUCAGUCUAAAUGUUCGUUCAUAUAUAGGCACAAUUGUUGAACAAUAAACUUCAAGAUUCCAAAUUUCCCGUUGUAAGAAUUAAAGAUAGAAUAGUAAUGAGA